UGCAUUUAAAAAUGAACUGAAACUUUUAGUUGCUGACAUAAGAAAUCGUGCUUAGCGCCGGUAUUAGGGCAUUUUUAAUUCCAACAAUAUACUGUCAUAUAAAAUAAUUAAUAGUACCUACUUAAAAUGCCCCCCGAUUGCUAUAAAGUAAAAGUUAUUUACUAUUUAAAUCCUCAUUUGAUAUGGGUCGAAGUGUGUGAUCCUAACGUUGCGAAAGAUGAGUGUAUUUUUGAACAAAUCGGUUUAUACGGAAUUUUGCCGCUUGAAACAACGCUGGAUAUUGAAAAUGAGGAGAUAAAGAUACAGAAAUGCGAUAACUGGACCACUGCAGCAUCGACGUUGAUGAAAACUGUAUUUGCGGAUAGUACAGAAGUUUGGUUUUCGCCAACAUACAUAGAUAGACGAACUUCCAUAUUUGAUGACAACAUACACAAAUAUGGGGAAUUGUUAAUAAAAUACAAAAACGAUGUUGAUUUAAAACAACUAUCGAAACUUUUAAUCAAAUCUAAUUUUGCCCAGUUUGAUAUUUGCGAUUUCUACCAACAACUAAUUUCUGGAAAUUUAAAAACUAAACUCAGUAUAACAGAAACUCAGAAUGUAGUCGAAGAAAUCAAGAAAUAUUACUCAACAAAUGCUUCAUUAAAAAAAAAAUGUGUGGAAUCUUUAGAAAAGCGAACAACAGUUGUACAGCUAUCUCAGGAUAUGGAAACAGCAUUAACUGUAUCUAAUCUAGAGAAACAUAACAAUCGAACACUUUAUAAGAUGUUCGAGAAUAAAAUGAAAGACUUGGAGCUUUGUAAAGAUAUCGAGGAAGAGGCAUUAGGUCGUGGUUACGUUAAAUUAAAGAAGCCUUCGAUUAUCGAUCAAUCGGAUUCAGAUACGAACAAAUCUCAAAAUGACAAUGAAGCAUUUAGUCAAACUUUACGCAAAAUAAAAAAAACUUCAGGUAGUACUACUUCAAAUAGCAACGAGCAAUCAAUCCAUGUUAAUAAGGAAAGUAUUACAAAUACAACUGAAGAGAAAAAAGUUCAUAAUAGCAGUUUGUGUAAGAAGCUACAUAUUUUUAAUCAGAUUGAUAGAGACAAGAUGAUUAAAAUUCAAAAGAAACAUAAGUUCAAUGUGGAAAAACAAAAUGUUAAUGAGGAAUGUACUAACAAAAACCAACCAUCCAAACAGGAGACUCAGAGUAAUGAAAGAGCUAGUUCAAAUACUGGAUCAAUAUGUGAUGUCAAACAACAAAGUACGAAGAAGGAUGUGAAAAAAAUAGCAUAUGGACCACCAGGAUUAGACCCUCAGCAUUGGAAAACAAUAGAUGCAGAAACUUGUGACCAAGUUGAUGCUGCACAAGAAAAACAUUCUAUUGAACAAGUUCCCGAUAUUGAUGAAAGCAGUGACCAUACUUUUGGUGAAAUUGAUUCUGAAGCUAGUGUUGAAAUAAAAAAUAAUAAAGUUUUGUCCAAUUAUUAUAAUAGAAUCAAAUUGCUUAAGAAUAAUCUGGAUAGAGAAUUAAAACAAGAAGAUUCAAAUAUAACUAAAACUAUAGAAAUACCAAAAAUUGGUGAAAAUGAUGAUUCUAGUAAAAAAAGGAAGUCUUUGACAAGAUCGUCACUUCUUAGUAUGAAAUUAAGAGCGUUUGAUAGUCAUAAAAAGCGCACCAGUAGCAUAUCAAGUUCAGACACAUCGAACAAAGACGAGUCAAGCUAUUCUGAUAGCAAAAGUAUCGAUAAAGUUCCAGAUGAAGAAGAGGAGAUAGAAGAAGUAGUAAAAAGAUUAGAAGAACAGUACAAAGUUAUUCCAGAAGUUAAAAAUAAAGAAAAAUCAGAGGAAAUAUCACAAAUGAAAUUAAAAAAUAAUGUUAACCCAUUUAAAAACAUCGAUCCUAGUUUAUCAGUUUUCGUUGACAAACUUGUUGCCCCUAUCCUCAUGGUGCACACUAAGAAAAACAAACGUAUUCAACCAGUUUAUGAAAUGAGAGAUGUAUUCUUCAACUCUCACAUACAUUUUAUACUUAAGAAUAUGUCUUUCAAUCAUCCGAUGAUAGUUCAGAGCGUAUCGUGGAAAACGAUUUUACGAGGCUAUAGUUUGUUUAUGAUAAGUCCUCCAAAUAGUGGGAAAACGCUAGGCUACUUACCCGCAGUAUGUCGUUUUAUAAGCGAUGCAAAUCAAGAUGGGUGUAGCGUAGGUCCACUUUGUAUAAUCGUUUGUGCUACAGCUAAAUCAGUGGCGUAUAUCGAAGAAUUGGCACGAAUGUUUUUAGGUAAUGAUAGUAAGGUGUUAGGUUGCUACGCGGGUGUUGAUAAUUUUCACAUAACUACUCAGUUGUUGAACGGUUGUGAUCUAUUAGUAUCAACACCGCCAUAUCUUAUUCGUUUAAUGCAAUUAACUGACUACGGCGUAGACUUGCGUCGUCUAUCGAUCUUUGUUUUCGAUGAUUGUGAACAUUUAGCUGUAACGUACCCAGAUGAGAUGAAGUAUUUCUUGUUUAAAAUCAAAGAAACGGUUAAAUCUAGAGCAAAUAAUGAGUUAAAAGUUCAGUAUGUUAUCGCGUCACGUGUUUGGUGCGACUUUAUGGGACCAUUAGCAAAAAAAACACCUGACACAGUGAUUUCGAUUAGCGCGUUCCAAGAAUGCGUCCUGUAUUCCAAAGCUAGUACCUCAGUUAGUUUUGUCGAAAUUGAUAAUAAACUCGACAUCGUAUUCGAAUUUUUGACGGAAAUCGACGAAUCUAAGAGAACGGUAAUAGUUUGUAAGUCUGACGAUGAAGUGAAAUUGUUAGAAACGGCUCUCAAAAAAUCUAAACAUGUAGUAUUCGCUUGUAAUAAUAAUAUGACAGUUCACGAAUUGUAUAAUUUAAGCAUAGCUUGGGCGGAUUAUGAAGAACCUUUGGUGGGGCCGAUUCUUAUCUGUUGUGAUGGGAAUUUGACCCACAUGAACAUUACAGAUGCUCACCAUUUAUUACAUUUUUCCUUACCCCAGUUCUUCUCGAUGUUCUGCAAAAGAUUCUGCGUUCUCAAUGACAAUUAUCCGUCUAUCUUUAAAGAUGAUAAUGAAAAAGUUAAAAUUAAAAUAAUACUUGACGGUAGUAACAUGGAACAAUUACCGAAAAUUGUCCAUUUUAUAAAACGUUGUACGAAUAAUGUUCCCGAUUUCUUGGACGGAAUAUGUAGUAAAGUUUUAAAGGAGAAAGACGUGAUCAAAGCUCAGAAUUUGGUUCCCAUUUGCGAAAAGUUUCUCAUUUUGGGUUCGUGUCCUGAUUUGUAUAAUUGUCAAGAAAGGCAUACAAUUUUGAAAGAAUAUGAUAAUCCUAAAGAUUGGAUGCCUAAAGAAGGUCACAUUACCUUUAAAAUUUUACAUUAUCAUAACGCGGUUACAUAUUCCGCAAACCUUUUAACUAAUACUGUGAAUGGCGUCACCACGAAGUACCCUCAAACGUAUAGCUCACUUUCCAUGAAAAUGGGAAUGUACUAUAGCAAAGAUUGUAACAAAAGACUCCAUGGUAUUCCUAAAAUUGGAGACAUUUGUGCAGUAUCAAAGAAUCUAAAUUUUUUCGUGCGUUGUCAAGUCGUUAAAAUUUUAAAUCAUUAUCCAAAUGGAAAUCCCAAAACAGUCUUUAUAAAUUUAAUAGACGAGGAGAAAUAUGAAAUAACCAAUGAUAUUUACCUUUAUUAUUUACCAGAAGAGCUAAAAGAUGUUAAAACGUCUGUAGUACUCGUGAGACUAACAAAUAUUAUACCGAAAGAUAAAGAUAUAACAUUUUCCGAUCUUGCGAUGAACCAGCUGAACAAAAUAACGAGAAACGAUGACCUUUUCAUAAAAGGACGCAUAGCUUUGACACUUGGAAACUGCGUUUUCGUUGAUACAUUAGAAGCGUGUCAAGAAUUUACAUCUAUGAAUGAGACAGCUGUGAAACAUAAUUUAAAGAAGGAGCUGUUAGAUAACCACGCGCAGUUACAGCCCGAUCAUAUUAAUAAACUAGAAAAGUUGUGCAUUGAAAGUGGCGUUAUCGUGAAAAAAGAAAUAGAACAGUCUCAAAGUCAAAAUCCUGUUAAAAACUUCCCGAAAGGUACUUGGGCAUAUUUGGACAGUGAAUUGUCUACAGUAUUCUUAGCGUUUUCCAAAAGUCCGGAUAAAUUCUUUGUGCGUCUUAAUAAAUUUGAGUCUUGCAUGAGUUCUUUGUUGCGCGAUAUUAAAAAAUAUGUUGAAAACUAUAAUAAAACUAGUGAAUGUAUUGAUGUAAAAGAGGGUGAUUUAGUUUUGGCGGAAUUCCCUGACGAUGCGACUUACGAACGAGCUAGAAUUGACGGCUUAAACGAAGAUAAAGCGAAAUGUUUCUUUGUGGAUCAAGGUGAUUGUAGAGAUAUUUCUUUAAAGUGUAUUUUACCAAUAACAGAGUCUAUCAUUAAUCGAUUGCCUUUCCAAGCAAUUGAAUGCAGAUUGAUGGGAAUCCAGCCGCCCGGUGACGAUUGGUCUGAUUUUAGUAAAAAUUGGUUUUUCGAUAACUGUUAUGAAGAUAGAAAUGGUGAUUUGAAAUUAUUGUACAUCAAAUACUUUACAAAAGAAAUGGCUGAAUUCACAAAUGGAUAUAAAUACGGAGUUGCUUUAAUAGACACUAAUGAGGACAGAGAUGUUGUAAUAAAUCAACUAAUGAUUGACUUAAAUUUGGCGAGAGAAAACAUUAAGGAAAGGGAAUAUCUUAAUAAAAUUCAAUCUGUGUUAAAAGAAUCAGAUUCUAAGCCAUCAUCUGAGGUAUAUUCAUCAGAAAACGAAGAUGAAGUUGAAAAUAAAUCAGAUGUAAAUAAAGAAAUAGUCAGCGCUAAAGACAUGAUAUACCAACUAUCGAACCCAGUAAGAUCUGUUCCAUUAGUUGACUCCGACAGUGACUUAGAUAAAUGGGAAGUUAACAUGGAUAAAGCAUCUGUGGGUGCUCUAUUUAAAGGAGUAAGAGCUAAUCUUGAUGACGUCAUAUUUGAUGUUGACCAAACUAAACAACAGGAAGAAUUAGAUUCUGAUGAUUUAACGUCGUCAGAAGUAUCACAGCCAAUUAACGCUAUAGAAAAACCGUUAAUAAUAGAAUCGGAACAAAAAAGUCGACCAAAACUACUAUGGCGUCAAACUAAAAAUAUGGUUUAUAUAAAGAUCCAACUAACUGCUGUCGAAGAUUAUGAAAUCGAUAUUGAUUCGCGUUCAUUAAAGUUUAGUUGUAACGUAAAUGAUACUCAAUAUGGGUUUGAUAUAGAAUUAUAUGGAGUCAUCAAUAAGGACAUGUCUACUCAUGUUAAAAAUGGAUUAUAUAUUACGGUGAAACUUGUAAAAAUUUUUAAAGCAAAAUGGCUCUCCUUAACUAAAGAUUUCGAUACUAAAAAUUGGAUUGUGUAUGAUGUGGAUAACAUCGAUACCUCAUCAGACGAGGAACAAGUUGAUAAGACACAUAUGGAGAAAAUCAUAAAGAAUAUUUACGAUGUUGAAAGUGAAUCAGAAGAUGAAGAAUUUUUAGAUGACACUUAUCGAUAA